AUGGUCAACGGAGAGCUGACAAUGGGGAUGAUGUAUUUGUCACAGGUCAGCAUUGCAAUCCUGGGGAAUUUCUGUCUUCUUUCCCACGAUCUCCAUCUCCUCUUCAUAGGAUGCAAGCUCAGGCCCACAGACUUGACUAUCCGACACCUGACUGUCGCCAACUGCUUAGUCAUUCUCUCUAAGGGAACCACACAGACCAUGGCAGCUUUUGGGAUGAAGGACUUCCUGAGUGACAUUGGUUGCAAACUCAUGCUCUAUGUGCACAGAGUGGGCAGGGACAUGUCCACUAACGGUACUUGCCUCCUGAGUGUGUCCCAGGCCAUCAUUAUCAGUCCCAACAACUCCAGGUGGGCAGAGCUCAAAGCCAAACUUCCCAGGUACAUUGGCCUCUGCAAUAUCCUCUGCUGGAUGCUGAACCUGAUAAUAAAUGUCGUGGUACUUGUGCAUGUGACUGGGGGCAAGAGUGACAAAAAUAUCACAAAGACAAUUGACUUGGGCUACUGUUAUUCUGUGAAUCCUGUCAAAUUCACAGCAUCACUGUACACAGCCCUGGUGAACUUGAGAGACAUUUUCUUCAUAGGACUUAUGCUGUGGUCCAGCGGCUUCAUGGUUCUCAUCCUGUACAGGCACAAGCAGCAGGUGCAACACAUCCGUAGGAGCAACACCUCCAGCAGGUGCUCCCCAGCAUCCAGAGCCACGCACAGCAUCCUGGUCCUGGUGAGCACAUUUCUGUCCUUUUUGUUCAGAAUAAUUAUGAUGAUCUAUUUCUCAUAUUUUAAAAGUUACUGA